AUGAAAGAAGCAGGAAAGGACAAAAGGAUAUAUGAAGUAAUUGAAAAAGAGAUUAUGAGCUGUGAGUACCUUAAAAAAGAAAAGGAGCUUAUCAUUAAUGGGAUAUCAUAUCUUGAAAUUAUUAAGAUUUAUUCUAGCUUUAAUGUAUCAACAGUUCCAGUUAUUGAUGUGAAUGAAAUUUAUAUUGAAGGAGAUGAAAGUGAAAUGUCGAAUAAUUUAUACACAGAAGAUGAUUCGAAAACUCAAGGGAAAUAUACGAUAGAUGACAUUAACAAAAUGAUAAAAACAGAAGAAAAAGAACGUUUAAAUAAACCAGAUCCUCAAUUGCAAAAAAUUAAAGAUGCAUUAAAUGAAAAUGAAUUUAUUAAAGAAGAACAAAAACAAAUGGAAAUUGAACUUACUCAAAGAAAAGAAUUUAAAAGAAAAAUAAAUGAAUUAAUAAAUCAAUAUAUUCAAAACACAGAUAAUUUAAAAAUUAAUAAUGAAACUGAUAAUCAAAAAGUUAUUAAUCAGUUAACAGAAAAAGAAAAAGAACAAGAGUUAAUAAAUAAAGAUAAAGAGUCUUUUGAAGUAAAAGAAGAAAAACCCCAAAAAAUAAAAACUAAAGAUGAAAUAAAACCUAAAAAAAUUCAAAAGAAAGGAUUAACUUCAAUUAAAAAUGUUCAAAAAAUAAGAAAACAUAAUUUAAGACCACGAAUACAAUCAAGUAAAGCUGUUGACUUUAUUGAUGAAAUUCAAAUAAAUAGAGUUUCUGAUUCUAAAGAAUUAAUGAAAAAAUUCGGUAAUUUAGGGAAAGAAGCUGAUAGAAAAUAG